AUGUCCGGCGAGACCCCUCCGACGUGUCUCAAUAGCGAAGAGCAAGAUCAACUCGAUAGAAGCACAAAGAAGACGAAAACGUCAACGGAAUCACCAAUGGGAGAGGCGAUACCGCAAACGGCAGCUACGGGAAUGGUGGCACCAGCAGGUACGCUCUCUUUUAAACAAGUUGUGGCAAAUGAAUCUGGGCAUACCGAACAACGGGUGGUGAAGGAGAUAGACUUGGUGUCUGAUGAUGAGGAAGAGGCUGAUGAUGAUGUUGAUCCACACUGUCCGAUUAUCAGAGUAACAAGGGAGGAAAAGGUCCGACUGCGUAGCAAGUGGAAGCAAACCUUAAUAGUGAAGGUGAUGGGUAGAAACGUUGGCUAUGGCUACCUACUAAGGAGACUCACAUCGCUGUGGAAACCAAAGGCAAGGAUGGAGUUGGUGACUGUUGAUAAUGGGUAUUUUUUGGUGAAAUUUGCGUCCAUUGACAAUUAUGAAUUUGCGAAGUAUGGAGGACCCUGGAUGGUGUUAGAUCACUAUCUCAUAGUAAAAGAGUGGAUGCCAAAUUUCGACCCGUUCACAGCCAAGACUGAAAGCAUGAUCGUGUGGAUUAGAUUCCCAUGCCUUCCAUCAGAAUACUUCGACCGUCAGUUCCUACUGCGUGUGGGGGAGAAAGUAGGAAGGCCAAUAAACAUAGAUACUGCAACGAGCCUGGUCUCGAGGGCAAGUUUUGCUAGGGUGUGUGUAGAGGUAGACAUCACAAAACCUCUGUUGGCUAAGUUCACUUUGAAGAACAGGGUGCGGCCGAUUGUUUAUGAAGGACUUCAUCUUAUUUGUUUCAAGUGUGGGAUGUACGGGCAUAGUGUUGAUGGAUGUAGUCUGAAUCGGAAGGAGGAUAUCACCCAGCAGUCGAAUAUGGAUGGCGGUGGCCGGCCGGAGAACAGCUCCGGUGAGGGUAACGGUACUGAGGAGGGCAUGCAUGGUAAGAGAAACACACACAUGGAAACUACCAUAAUCAGACCGGAAGUUACGGAAGAUUACGGUUCGUGGAUGAUAGCACCGAAACAUAAAAGGAAUUACACCAAGAAUCAGGGAAACAAGAAUCAAGGUGGCAAAGAUUAUGGGAAGAAGGAUCAGAACGAGGCUGGCAGAGGGAAUCAAACGAGCGUGCAAUCAGGGUCAAGGUAUGCGUCUCUUGCUGAGAAUCUUGAGGAGGAAAAUGAACAAACAACAGAGGAGCCAAUCCGAGACCAAUCUGCAAGCGAGACCCAAGCCCAAGGACAAAAGAAAACUGGCCAGUCCAAAGGUAAGAGACAAACAACCCAAGUCUCGGAGAAGCAAAUUAAUGGAAAUAAUAAACAUGGUCUUCAUAAGAAAUACGUCGAGGUAGGGGAGUCAAGUAGCAGGAAGAAUCUAAGCAGAAAGACAACGGGGACACAAGCUAAUCAAGAGGGAGCAGCCAGCGAACACACAUUAGUCAUGGGGGAUAAGACAGGCUCCACCUCUGUCCGUGUUUUUGAAUCAGAAACCGGGACCGAAGGGGAAUGCAUGACAGGGGCGGAGAUUCUCAAUGAACACCACGAGGAUCCACCGGAUGACGGACAGCUCGAGGGCCUGGAGUUGAUGGAAGAUAUGGGUGAGAAAAAUGAGGUGGUGGCUUCAGACGGUGAGGCCAUGGAGCUCGAGCUGUGA